GUUCUUCACCACCAUUCGGAGGAGUAAAUGGAUGACAAAGUACUGCUGACUCCAAGGGAGGAAAGAGGCAGGAGUGCUCCACCCACAGCCAGGGUUUCCCUUUGCUUUCUGCCGUCUGCGCCAUGGCUGUUUCUCAUCGGCUCUCUGCCUACGUACUCUUUCUGCUGCUACCCCUAAUACAGAGCCAAGGAUGCUCUGUAAAUAAUGCCAAGCCAUUGGUACGAGAAAAUAACUCUGCUGGCUUAGUGGUGACCAACAUUACAAAGGCUGCUGGUAUCACAGUAACAAUCAGUCCCACAGCGGAUGGAAAUUGCUUCUCCAUUCGUGACACAGAACUGAUUCUAAGCUGUUCCUUGGACUAUGAGAAACAAGAUAUAUACAUUUUAACCCUGCUUUGCACUCAAGGGAAUGUACAAGUUGAUUCUCUGGAGGUUAUAGUGACCGUUGUCAACUUGAAUGAUAACAGCCCAGUAUUUAAGCAACCAAAUUUCACUGUAAAUGUUCCCGAGGAUACAAGAGUGAAUGCCAUUGUUCUAUCCAGUGAUACAGUAAGCGCUACUGACCUUGACCAGGAUACCAUAUAUUAUGAACUUAGAGGGACUACUCCAGAAGCAACCGAGUUUUUUAACAUCCAAGGAGUUAACAACCCAGGCAUCUAUUUGCUCAAAGCACUGGACUAUGACAAAAAUAAAUCUAUGCAGUUAGUCUUGCUUGCGAGGGACAGGGCUCCUGGCAGUGUGGAUACUAAUACAGCGAAUGCAACAAUCACCAUAAAUAUCCAACAGGCUGACACUAAACCUCCCUGGUUUCUGCCAUGUAAACCUGUGGCUAUGAGCAGUAAAGUUUGUUUAAACACUGGUUACAUUGGAAGAAUCAACAUCUCAGAGCAAACGAUGGAACCUCUGAACCUGAAACCUGGACCUCUCUAUGCUAUUGAUCCUGACUAUACCUUGAAUGAAAAAAUAGUGUACAGCAUUAUUGAAGGAAACACGGAUGAUGUAUUCUUAUUGAAUUACGAUACCGGGAACCUAACUAUGAACAAAGCAGUGAAUACACCAGAAACAUUUAUUUUGCAUGUCAUGGCCACCCAAGCCAACAGCAUAGAGAAAUAUGCUUUAACUACUGUAGAGAUCAAAGUAAUCAACAGAAGCAUCCACGCACCAUACUUUGAGCACGUGAACUACACAGGGACAGUGUCUACUGGCCUUAUCCGUAACAGUCUGGUCAUGGAGGCUGGAGCUCCUUCCAAACCCCUGAAGAUCUUUGCAGCUGAUGACGACUUCCCUAAUAAAAUCAAUCCUCACAUCACUUACAGCAUUCAAAACAGCAGUGAUUUCACAGUAACCCAAGAUGGACUUGUCCUGACAAACUCCGUCUUGUCUUCAGCCAUGAAAAUAACCAUGCUGGCAACGGCUAUUGACUUGGCGAGUCUCCAGGAGGCAAGCACUAUUAUUACCAUAGAAGUCAUACCUCCCAAAGGUACAACUCUGCCUACCACUACCAUCACCGUCACUGCCGGGACAGGCUCCACCACGACCAUCACUGCUGGGACAGGACCCACCACGACUACCACUGCCAGGACAGGCCCCACCACGACCACCACUGCUGGGACAGGACCCACCACUACUAUCAUUGCUGGGACAGGACACACCACUACCAGCACUGCUGGGACGAGACUCACCACUACCACCACUGCUGGUACAGGACCUUCCACUAUUUCAAAGCCGCCUGGUUCAUCAUCAGUUUUUCCACCUAAAUUAACCACCACGACCUCUGGGGCUGGUUCAGGACCAACACAGCCCACCACUUCUUCAGUAAGCAAGACAGUCAACACUGCCAGCAUAUCUGGCCCCACUGGAAAGCCUACAUCAGGUACCGCCUCAGGUCCAGUUACCCAUCCUGCCACCACAAAGCCCUCCAUCACACAUUCCACCAAGAUUCCCACAGGACCUUCAGAAUCUGGCACCACUGAUCCCACCCUAUCAGGAACAAGCCCACCAGGUGGUGGAGUCGUGCAACCCACUGCUCUGAUGCCUUCUCAGACUGGUGGGCCUGGCCCUCAUCCUACACUAACUGCUGUAGCAAGUGGACCUCCAAGGCCAUCAGACCCCAUGACCCCUCAAACAUCCUUUACAAAGAGUCAUCAGACAGAUGUAAACAAGAUGUCCGAUUAUAAGUACACUGCACAAGAUAUGGGCAUUUUAGGUGGCACCUUAGCAGCGUUGCUGAUCCUUGCCUUAUUUUUCCUUGGAUUCAUUUUCUACAAGGUCCACAGAAAUUCAGUCACGACAAUCAGCAAAAGAAAACUCCUUCAGGAUUCAUUUAGAAGUAAUGAUAGCUACCAAGAUGAUGAAGAAAAUCCUGCUAGGAGCACCGGAGAAAGUGAGUUGCCGAGAAGCAACAGUUCUAGCAACGCUUCACCGGCUCUACAGAAACACUCAGAAAGCUUCCAGCCCUUAGAAACUAUGAUAGCUAGCAGCCUUGGCGCUACUUCUGCCACUGUUAACAAGGAGCAAGAGGAGAAGGAUAAAGGGGCACAUGACACUGAUAAUGAAAAAGAAGUUAAAUCUAUUCUCACUAAGGACAGGAAGCCAGCAAAUGAUGGCUACAAAGCGGUGUGGUUUAAUCCAGAUGCCAAGGAAGAGGUUAUGGUGAUCGAGGAUGCCCCUGAGGAAGAGGAAGAUGGCAAUGAUAGAGACAGGAAUGAGGGCAAAGAAAAUCGGGAUGAUGAUGACAAUGAUGAUAGCAAUAACCAGGACAGUCACCCAGGUGACCCAGUGGUGUCCUUCAUUCCACUGAGAGCUAAUUAUGGCACACCUGAUCAGGAUACAACCACAGGAGGGGAAGGAGAGAACAUUUUACUAUAGGCUUGGCAAAGCUUGUCUUGUCCUUCUGAAGGCCAUGAGCUGUUUUAAGCCACUUUUUUUAGUGAGAUCCCCCUGUUCUGAGGACUGUGAGAGAUAGGAUGGCUAGCAAAGGUAGAUUUCAUCAUCAGCAGUGUAAUCCCUUCCUCCCUUGUCCCAUGUAGACUGUGUAGACCCAAGCAAGAAGGAACCAAACUAAUCUAGUUCAAGCUCCACAAUAGCACAGUCCAUAACUCUUCAUUCAGUAAUCCCUGCACUGAGUUCAAUUGCUUGGGGUUGAACUAUAAACAUCUUCCCUAGAAAGGGAGACAAUACUAAUGUUUAAGAAAGUAUCUUCUCACCCCUCAUCAGACUCAGACCCACAGUAUCUAGCUUCGGGGGCCAAUGUUUUAUCCACUAAGUCUUACUUCAGCCAAGGGGCCUGAAAAGCACUUCUGCCUUCUAACUUCCUCAGUUGCAUUUGGGAUGACGCAUCGGAAGCAAUCUAAUCCCACUUCUACCUUAGUCAAAAGGAUUGAGUACGUGUGAACUUCCCAUCCCUCUCCCCACAAUUGAGCUCAAUCCAAGUUCAUCAGUAAGACCAUUCCCAGGGAUACCUCAAAGGUUUUGCUUCAUUUUUGAGGUGCCACAGGCCAUUCCCAGAAAGUUUUACUUUGAAGCUCAUUUGAAUUCCCAAUGUUGUUUACUGAGGCGCACACAGUUAUUAUCCCUAAAUAGCCGGCAGGUCUGAAUUAGAUUUGACUGCAGCUUAGUGUACUGGUACCAAGUUGGCUUUAAAAGAAGUAGCUCAGGAAUUGCUGGCCAUCUCAUGGUGUUAACAGAGCUCUGCACAGAUUAAUAUACCCUUCUCAGCAGGUUAACCAUGGCUAACCUGAUACUGGCCCUUGAGCUAAUGAGCUCACAGUUAUCUUGGGUAGCUCUCCAUUACACAGUAUUCAUUUCUCUGACAAACCCUGAGAAAGAACUAAGAGCCUGCAAAUUUAUGCAACUAUCACUCUGCCCAGAGAAGCUAAGGAACCUAUAACCAAAUGUAGCAGGAAAGAUUAUGCAGUUUCCCAUUUGAUAGCAUGUCAGUCCGUUCCUGCCUAUACCAAUAUUACUUGUUUGCACAAACCAGUAUCACUUCAUUGUCCUGUGCUCUAUUCUUUGUUUUUAGUUUCUAUUAGGGAUCAAGCCAGGUCUCAGUGGGUGCAUCAACAUAUGUGAUUAGGGCGCCGGAGUUUAUUUCUCCUGGGCACAGUGUUUACAUGUUUGCCUGGGACCACAGCAUGUUGAGCCAAUGCAAAGGAGCCUCAGGCUGUAAGUGGACUCAGGGAGUCAGCCCAAGGCUCCAGGUGGUGGUGUUCGGUGGUGGAGGGGCUAGCUGGGGCACAAAGGGGCUACAGUACAGGGCUAGCCAGCAGGCAGCCUCUGCACUGUAGCACCCUCAUGCCCCCAGCCAGUCUAGGUCAUCAUCUACACAUGCAUUGUGGCAGCAUAAAUUACUCUGCCAUAGGAUAGUACUAGGAUAGAGAUGGUACUAUUCUACAGUGGAGAUAAUUAAUUUAUUGUGCCCUAAUAUGGGCUCAUGUGUAGACAGUGGUGCUUUGCUGCGGAGCUGAUUAGUCAACUUUGCGGUAAAGCGCAUGUGUAGUUGCACCCAGUAACACCGAUACAGUAUCAAUGUAAUUAGUCCAUUCUGACAUUGGUGUCAUUUUAAAAUCAGAAUGACCCACUGAGCCUUAGUAAACAUAAACCAAGGUCCUUAUCCUGUAUUUAAGUCAUGUGCUCUCAUUUAAGUGUAAGAAUAAUCCUAAUUAAAUUAAUAGGGCAGAAUAAAUACCUUUACCUUUACAUGCUGGGAGACUGAAUCAGCAUCUUCCUUUCUAUAAAAGCCACGGGGAAAAAUUAAACCUGUGAAUAUAAAAAACACUUUGCCAUAUACUAUGCUGCCUGCAAGUACUGAACAACUCUUCCUCAUUAACUGUAUUGUACUCGUUUUGACUUAUUGGGGGGUGGAAGGAGUCUUUCCCAAAGCCACAGGGAUCCCUCCAGCUCUAAAAAACCAUUUCUCCCCUCUGGUACAUGAAUUACUUCAGUGACAGUCUCCCUGGGUUAUUAAAAAGAGACCUGGACCAUCAAUUAAGAGAAAACUUCUCAUCUUAUGUUUUAGAAUUUCUCUUGUUUGUUGCUCUUUGUAACCACCGUCACUUUAAGAAGAGUUCAAUAUCCUUGUUCUCUCUGAAUUAUCUGUGUAAUAAAACCAUGCCACCAAAGUA